GCGGUGGCAGGGCGGGCGGCGCCCACGUGCUCGCUCGCGCCCGGAAUAGACAGUCCGCCUUGUGCCGUCGCUCCCCGCUCACACAGCCAACGGAAAAUUUACGCGCUUCAUUAAUUCGCAAAAUUAUUUUUUAUAUUUUUAUUUUAUGUGAUUGUUAAAUUUUAUUUUUAAUUUUAAGUAUAACAUAUAGAUUUGAAUGAUCUGUGAUCGUGAUUAAGGUUGUGCCAAAAAUAUUUUUUGAAUAAAAUUUACAAAAUCGUCAAUUUGCUAUUAAGGUGUUAACAGUUUAAGUGUGACGUGGUAAGGAGUAUAAUCGCGAUAGUUUUGGCUCGGUGAGGUUGGUCGGACGGUGGGAGUGCGACGAGGUCAGGCCGGCGCCGGCGCCGCGACGCCCGCGCAUGUGCGAUGCGAUGCGACAAAUCGCCGCGCUGCUGCAAGGCUCGGUGCGUGCGUCACAAAACACGGAAAAACUACAGAAUGGCUCGAUCACACCAGUACUCGUGUACCCGGACGAAGGGGGCACACGGGAAGGCGGACUGGUGUGGCGCGGGUGCGCCGGCGGCUUCGACGCGGAGGACGCCGCGGCGGGAGCGCUCGCUGAUGGCAACGCCAACCCAGGAGACAAGUUGGAGGGGUCGGACGCAGCUCCGGACGACCCUGUUCACCUCAAGAGACGGGUGGGACUCUUCAGUGGGGUGGCUCUAAUCGUCGGUACCAUGAUAGGUUCGGGAAUAUUCGUCUCGCCCUCUGGGCUGUUAGAGCGUACGGGCUCAGUGGGCAUAAGCUUCAUCAUUUGGAUGUCUUGUGGCCUGCUCUCGUUGCUUGGAGCGCUCGCGUACGCAGAGUUGGGUACAAUGAACACGUCCUCAGGCGCGGAGUACGCAUACUUCAUGGAUGCGUUUGGAGGGCCGCCCGCGUUUCUGUUUUCAUGGGUGUCGACAUUGGUGCUGAAACCAUCACAGAUGGCUAUUAUAUGUCUGAGCUUCGCCAAAUAUGCGGUCGAACCAUUCGUCUCAGAGUGUGAGCCGCCUCACAGCCUCGUCAAGCUAGUUGCGGUCAUUUCUAUUGUGAUGAUCUUGGCAGUGAACUGCUACAGCGUGAACUUGGCGACGAACGUCCAAAACAUCUUCACAGCAGCGAAGCUUGUCGCGAUAGCUAUUAUCGUCUGCGGCGGAGCUUACAAACUUAUAUUAGGUAAUACGCGACAUUUACAGGAGCCCAACUUCGCAAGUAGCACCGCGACAUGGGGCAACAUCGCCACCGCAUUCUACACGGGCCUAUGGGCCUACGACGGUUGGAAUAACCUCAACUAUGUCACUGAGGAAAUUAAGAAUCCAUCCAAGAAUCUGCCGUUGAGUAUAAUAAUUGGCAUACCACUGGUGACGCUGUGCUACGCGUUGGUGAACGUGUCAUACCUGGCGGUGAUGUCGGUCAGCGAGAUGGCUGACAGUGAGGCGGUCGCCGUUACCUUCGGGAACCGCCUGCUCGGGCCGAUGGCGUGGCUCAUGCCACUCGCCGUCACUAUAUCCACCUUCGGUUCUGCCAACGGCACGCUGUUUGUUGCUGGAAGGUUGUGUUUCGCGGCAUCCCGAGAAGGUCACUUGUUAGAUAUACUGUCAUACGUACACGUCCGUCGAUUUACUCCAGCGCCUGGACUCAUAUUCCAUUCUCUGAUCGCAGUUGCGAUGGUGUUGUAUGGCACGAUAGACUCGCUGAUAGACUUUUUCUCGUUCACCGCGUGGAUAUUCUACGGCGGCGCCAUGCUCGCUCUGAUUGUGAUGAGAUACACGAAGCCCCAUGCGCCUAGACCGUACAAGGUGCCAAUAGUGAUACCGUACGUGGUGCUGCUGGUAUCGACGUACUUGGUGGUGGCGCCGAUCCUGGACAAGCCGCAAUGGGAGUACUUGUACGCAGCCGCCUUCAUCCUGGCCGGCCUGCUCGUCUACAUACCGUUCGUCAAGUGGGGCUUCUCGCUGCCCUUCAUGGACAAAAUAACCGUUUUCCUGCAAAUGGUGCUGGAAGUGGUUCCAACUUCAACAACGUUUGAAUACUAGAAGUCUGGCUGGACUUUAAAACGAGCAUUUGUGACAAAAAUAGACAUUAUCAUUUUGUAAGAUAGGUAGUUAUUAAAAUACUUAUUUUCUUAUGUGGAUCAUGUUCCAUUUGCAUUAUUAUUUUAUAUAGAUGCAUUAUCAAAACAUAAACCCUUUAUGGAGUAGUUCAAAAACAUUUUGUCUGACAUUGUUGAACAUUAGACUUGUUAAUAUUAUUUAUGACUGAAAACAUCUUAAUUCCUUUUAUGUCUGUCACUUUAAUGUGAAUUCAUAUUUGCAUUCGCUACGUCGAACGAUCUACAGAUUCGAUUUUAAGAAUUGACCAUUCUUGGUAUUCAUACCAAUAAACCAAUGUCAAUUUUACAGAAUUGCUGUAAAAUACUUAGGUACCAAAUAUUUUGACUUGAACAGAUUCUUCUGUUUGUGUGAAGUGCAUAAAAGAAAAAAAUAUUUUUUUAAAUAAAUAAAUUGAUUUCUUUGUAAUUUACGUGUAACCUUUAUUGUUUCUUUGAGUUAAUUUGUUCGACGUGUCGAAGUGCAUUAUACUCCACCCUCUUUACAGUGGAAUUAUUUCAAAAACAGCUUAUAAAAUAUACACCUGCCAAUAUAUUUAUUUAUAUAUAUAUAUAUACGAUUUGAUACUAAUAUUUUACUUAUUUCAUACAAUGGUUUGUUGUGACUCCGUUAGCAAGGAGGCGUUACAGUAGGUAUACCUACAAUAAAAUGGUCAACUGCAGUGCAGUUAUUUUUUCUGGAGCAACAUUAAACAACAGUAACUUUUGCUUUUGUGCUUACUUAUUAUAUAUAUCAUUGUUAAUUUUUUUUCAUCGCAUCGAUACCGCUAAUAACAUGAAUUUAAUUGAAAUUUCCUUCAGCAACACGCAACUACACAUAACAAAUGGCUAGUCUAGGAUAAAUUUUAUCGAUUGUUACUACAAUAUAUGUUGACUGUUUUCAAAUAGGUACAAGGCAACAUUAUAUAACAUUAUAAUAUGUAAUACCGCAACAAAUACUAAGAAAAAAAAAUGUGUGUGUCAGCUCCGACGCACGACUGGAGUUUACUCCUUAAGUUCGAUAGUCUAGUCUAACCAGACGCAAAAAGAGUUUAUUUAAGUUAAAAAAGAUUGAUACUGUAUGAAAGGGUAAAUUAACAAAUUAAUGAAAAUAAUAUACAUAUAUAAAUAUAUAUUUAUUCAUUUCAUAUACAUUUAUUGUAACUAAUCGACGAAAUAUUUUACAUUAAACUUUUUACAAUAGUCAAUUUCAGAUGUGCAUAAAUAUAUCAUUAGGAAUGUUGAUAAAUUAUGUAAUUAUUAUUAUCAGACUAUUAUCAUUUUUUUAAAUAUUAAUUAAAUCAACAUUGUCUGCAUUAUUAAUUACAGUGACAAGUGGUUAAUGGUAACUAAAAUAAGACACAUGGACGUUCGUAGAUACGUGGUUCAUGAAUCUUGAAAAUACCGCAUCAAUGGUUGUACCAUACCUCAUUGUCCCAAUUGCUCUAUCAGAAACAAUAUCUAAAUUCAGUUCAGAUUUUAAAAAUUUUAUUAAUGUCAAUAUCCGUCAUCUUUGUUUGUCAAAGUUGCGCGACAUAGGAUGCGCACCAAAAACGUAACGAGGUCAUUCAUCGAUAGAUUUUACUCCUCACAUUUUUCUCAUACCGGGCCCCUUAUAUAUGCAAAUCGAUUCUUAAGGAGCAAACUCCAAUAAAGUCCAAAAAUACAUACUGACUAUAAAACUAUGGAAAACUUGCACCAUAAAAACUAACUGCGGUGCGGAUGCACAAUUACUUUCAUAUACCCAUUUUGUUUCAGUAUCUAUAAUUUUACUUAAUUGGUUGCAUUCUUAUUUGCUUUUGUUUGAUAUAUAUACUUAUAUAGGUAAGUUCCUAAUUGUCUCUCAAGAACUUUAAAGCUUGUUAUCAAUAGAUAAACGACGAUGACGAGGUGCCAUUGGUUGCUUCUAAAAAUCUGAGUCAUCUGAAAAUAAAAUCGAAGUGAAACAUGUUUUUAGUAAUUUUUACAAGUUUUCUAGGUUUACUGAGUCGCCAAAAGGCAAAAUUUGUGAAAUUUUAGAAGAUUAGUAACUCAUUGCUCAUUUCAUUAGUUUGCACGAAUCAUUCCUAUGGAUGGUCAUGCUAAACGAGAACCGCAUAGCCACGUCUAUAUUAUGCUUUCGUAUUUUUGAUUCUAAGAGAAGGAACAACGGAAAAAUCCGUUAUUGAAAAGUACCAAACUUAUUUUAAAUGAAAAUGCCAAUAAAUAUGGUAUUUUCUUUCUCAAUUUAGGCUAUUCUCGUGGGUUUGACUGGUUAUAUCACUAUGAGUGAUUGUGCUAAACUCAUAGUCCGUAGUUCAUCUUCUCAUAAUAGACAACCUUAGACGUGAAAAUAUUUUAGCUUUAGUUGGAUUUGAAUAAUUAUACGUUUGCAGUUGUAAUCUCACAUUAUAAAUAUAUGGGGUAGAUAUACAUUUAAAGCUUUUAACUCCUCCUUGUUCGUGCGCAACAUUUCUGCGGCAAAAUAAUAAAUACUUAACUAUCGUAUAAAUAUGAGAGAGCUUUUAAAUGAGUCUGUUAAAAUUAACUGAAUUAUGUACGGGGUUAAAGCAUCAUCUAUCCCAUUUUAAAGACUUGAGUGUGUUUUUUCUAACAAUUACAGUUUACAGACAGUUGAAUUUUGCGACCGGUAAAAUUUGGUCCUAUCAUUCCUUGCCGGGGCAGAAGGACGCUGUCGAUAUAAGUAUAAUGGAGAUAUUUUUAUAUUUAUUGAUUGUAAAUAAAGUUCAGAGAGAAUUUUUAAAGCUAUUUUGUUUUGUUACGAUAUUAAAUUGUUGAUAUUCAGAUGCUUAGGAUUUCGUUAUGCAAGUCCGCUUUAAUAUAAUAAGUGAACGGGCAGUUAUUAUUAAUAAAUUGAUCAAAAAUAAACAACGUAAUCACGGGCACAUAAAAAUACACACCUCUAACGAUGUGAUAUUGUUAUGGGUAAAGCUAAUGGUUUUAUUUUGUGUACAAAAAUAUCAAGAAACAAUUACAUAAAUAUAAUCUAAUUCUAUAUACUUAUCUCUGAAAGAGAACAGAAAUAUUUAUUGUUAUACACUACCAUUAAAUGAAAUGAAAAUUUUAAAUAAAGACAAAAUCCACAA